UACUAAGGAGGGAAAUAAUGCUGAAAAUAUCUUCCUAGCUUCUGCACCUGAACAGCCCCUGCCGCCCCGCCCCUACCAAGGGGUCCGGGUGAAAGAGCCGGUGAAAGAGUUACUGAAGAGGAAACGUGGCAGCGUUCAGAAUGCCAAGGGGGCUCCCGAAGGCAUGGCGGUGUUUUUCCCCCACCAGUCGCUUCCAUCUUAUUCACCCACUGGUCAAGUGUAUUCUGAUUCAGACUUUGUCACCCCUUCGCUGCCCCUGAUGGAUGACAGCGCCGUCUACUCUGGGUGGCUGACUCAACCGUCCCCGGCCACCCUGCAACCUUUGACGCCGUGGGCUGCUUCCCCCGACUACGUGUCUCAUGAAACGGUCAGCUGUCCUUACACGACGGACAUGUUCGUUCAGCCGGUCUGCCCCAGCUAUACCCUCGUGGGGACGUCAUCAGUGCUGACCUAUACCUCCCAGCCACUGAUCACAAACUUUGCGGCUAGGUCUGCCUCAACCCCAGCUGUGAUGCCUCAUCUGGAUGUGAUUGACCAGCCAGCUCCUCUGAGUUACUUCCCAUGGACUCAGCCCAUCCCAACCUUACCAGCAUCUUCCCUGCAGUACCAGCCAGCUUCAACGGCCCUCCCUGCCCCCCAGUUUGUUCCCCUUCCCAUUUCAGGGGCUGAUCCGCUCCCCCAAGCACUGGAGGAUACCAGGAAGGAGAUGGGUCCUCUGACACUUGAGAAACUUCUUCUUCAGGAUGAAACAAAUGACACAUAUGAUUUAAACAACAGCCUGCCAGUUGAAGGACUGUAGGACUGGAUUUUUAGCCCAAAGGGAUGGUGUUCAGAUCCUCAGAUCUCUGCAGUUCAAAGGGAAUUCAUCUCUUUCUCCUGUUCUUCCUUCCUUCUCUCUCCCUCUUUCACUGUAAUUUCUAUGUGACCCUCUGCUUCUCUUGCUUUUUCCAAAGUUUCAAAAAAGUGGGACGGAAACACCAGCAUCUGUUUUGGAAAAGAAACAGCAACUUUGAGUGUCUCCCAACUUUGCAACCAGAACAAAGAGUGUGGCCUCCAGCACCCUUUUUGGGUGGGCUGCACAGACCCUUUUGACCCCAAUGACCAAAAAUUGGCAACCAAGUUCCUCCCCCAUAAUCAUAACAAUGAGGAUAGCCAACAUUUGAGGAUGCCCUAAAAUUAAAAUUUAAGGGUCCCUUGACUCAAGGUUGAGUCCUGGUGAUCCUGUACACAUCUCCAUUUUACUUCUUGGCAAAAAGAUGAAAGGAGUUUGCCAUUCUCUUCUUCCAAUUUUUCCCCAGUCUAAUCUAGAGAUCUGAUAUCUCCUGGUGGCCUCCAUCCAAGCAUUAACCUGUUUAAAACAACUCAGCUUCCCCCAGCCCAUCUGGCACCAUGCAGUUUCAUGGCCCUUCACCCCUUGAUGUGCAGCUUCUUACUCCUGAAAGAUCGUGCAUCUCUCCUGCAGAGAGAUUCCUUCUAUCUCAGUGAGCUUGGAAAAAAAGAAGAUCAAUAUAAUUUGGGCAAAGCAGUUUGAUGGCUCUAGUGCAAUUUAAAAAGAUCCUGGUGGGGGAAUUUCUACAGCCCUGUAGGUUGGGCUUCAAGUUCUUGCAGGGGUAAAAGGCUGGAGGGGUCGAUCUGAGGCAGAUACUGCAGCCACAGCCCAGAUUCAGUUUUCCACACCUCUCAGCCAAACUCCUGCUCAGCAAUUAAGAAGCACUUUGCUUGGUUAGAGGUUAUGGAUUUCAUGUCAUGGAUUUCAGCUCCUCCCCAUGGAAAUCCAACAUAGCUCAGUUGAGGGAAGCUGGCUUACACUGUGGCAAAUCCCCUUUGAAUGAUGGCAUUUUUCUACCUUUGGAAAACAGAUGGACAAAAUAGAUCUUGCCAUUCUUAUA